AGAGUUGUGUUGUCUCAAAACAAAUAAUUCGAUUUCAAAAAACCAAAAAAAGAGGAAAAGUUUAUCCAACUCCACUCAAUUCAAAUUGCUUAUUUCUUAGCUAUUCAUAUAAUCAGAUUAUCUGCUCUUUGAUUCACCAAAAAAAAAAAAAAAAAAAAGAGUAUCUGCUCUUUGGCAACCGUCAAAUCUUUUUUUCUUUUUCCAGUAGGAGUGGUUGUUAACAAAAUCUGUUAGAUAAGCCUCCGAAAAUUCAUAUUGAAGGUUGCAACAGUCGAGCCCAACAAAGAAGCUUCUGGGUUUUGAUUCAAAAAAAAGUUUGAGGUUUUUGUUUCACGAUGAAUUCUUUUUGGGGGUUAACCGGAAGAAGUUCUCGUAGGAAAGAAGAUUAGUUGUUUUUUUUUUUUUUUAUAUCUUUUUCAAGGGGGAGAGUUUUUUUUUUUUUUUUUUUUUUCUUUUCUAGAAGAGCCAUGCCGGAAAUGAUGAACGAUUCCGACGACAUUACGCCGGUGACAACCGGAGACGGUUCGACGGAUAUUAUUAACCUGUUUGGGAAAUACGAGCUCGGCAAGCUUCUUGGUUGUGGAGCUUUCGCGAAGGUGUUCCACGCCAGGAAUAUCGGAACGGGGCAGAGCGUGGCGAUCAAAGCCGUUAGCAAACAAAAAAUCUUGAAAAGCGGUUUGACGGCGAACGUUAAGAGAGAGAUAUCUAUCAUGCGCCGGCUGCGCCAUCCAAACAUCGUAAAACUGAUAGAGGUCCUCGCGACCAAAACCAAGAUUUACUUCGUCAUGGAAUUCGCGAAAGGCGGCGAGCUUUUCACAAAGGUCGCCAAGGGACGGUUCAGCGAGGAUUUGAGCCGUCGAUAUUUCCAGCAGUUGAUCGCGGCCGUCGGAUAUUGUCAUUCACGAGGCAUUUUCCAUCGGGAUUUGAAGCCGGAGAAUCUUCUUCUGGACGAGAACUGGGACCUGAAAGUUUCGGAUUUCGGACUCAGUGCCGUGACGGAGCAAGCCCAAUCCGAUGGUCUGCUCCACACUCUUUGCGGUACGCCAGCUUACGUGGCGCCUGAGAUCCUGGCGAAGAAAGGCUAUGAUGGUGCUAAGGUGGACGUGUGGACAUGCGGUGUCAUACUCUACGUGCUCAACGCUGGGUAUUUGCCUUUCAACGAUCCGAACCUCAUGGUGAUGUAUCGGAAAAUUUACAAGGGAGACUUUCGGUAUCCCAAAUGGACGUCCCCUGAUCUUCGACGCUUUAUCUCUCGCUUGUUGGACACGAACCCUAAGACAAGGAUCACUGUUGAUCAAAUCCUUCAGGACCCUUGGUUUACAAGGGGUUACAAAGAGGUUAAUUUUUACUCGGAAAAUUUUGACUUGAGUGACCAGGAUAACGACAAGGGCCUCAACGCAUUCGAUUUAAUCUCUUUCUCGUCCGGUUUUGAUCUCUCCGGUUUGUUCUCUAACUCCGAUAUUUCGGACUGCGGGGAACGGUUCGUUUCGGCGGAGUCACCGCAGAGAAUAGUCGAGAGGGUAGAGGAGGUGGGGAAAUCGGUGGGCUUAGUGGUGAUGAGGAAAGACGACUGGGCCGGUGCGAGAUUGGAAGGGCAUAAUGGUAACUUCAUUGCGGUCUUGGAGAUUCACCGGUUAACGGAGAAGCUGGUCGUCGUUGAGGUCAAGGCGAUGGAAAGAAACGAUGGAAUUACCGAGCAAAUUUGGAAAGACAAGCUGAGGCCGCAACUUCGCGGUUUGAUACAUAACGCGGUAGAGCAAGUCUCUGGUAACUAGAACCGUCUUGAUGAACUUUGACUUUAAAUUGUUGCCAUACUUGUAAAACGGAAUUAUUAUUAAUGUAAAAUGUAAAUAACAACAAAACCAAUCGCUUACCGGGUUUCUUGUAAUUUUGUUUUUGCCCGGUAUGCAAAUUGGAAAAAAAAAAUCCAAUUCCGGUUUGAUUUGGCAAAUGAAGAAAGCGGCUAGAGAAGGGAUUCAAUUGGGUUAAAUUAUGUAGGAUGGUUGAGUACUGUAAUUAUUUAUUUUCCUUUCAAAAUUUUCUACAGAAGAUUAUGUACUAUAUAGAGGCCACUCCAAUUCCAAGUCAGUAAAGAAGCCAAAAAAAAAAAAAGAAAAAAAAAAGAAAUAAAAAUAAAAUCCUCUAGAUUAUUAAUCCAGAAAAAAGGGCAUUUUUCUGAUCCUUGGAACUGUGAACUGUAGUCACUAUUUUUCCAAUGCAUUGUAAUGAAUGUUUUUUCAAGUGUA